ACCAAUUUUAGUAGUGAAAUAAGUAAGAAACUCCAGGACAGUAUUUUGGUGGUUUUGUCUAUUUUUUACAUACAGAAAGGAGUCAAAAUGAUUUCAUGAUUGAUGGAGUCACACAUAUGAAAAGAAGACAUAAUUGUUGAGUUUGUUUGGAAGAUUCAGGACUAUGGAUUCAUUUCUUUACUUAAACUUGAAUAUAUAAACUGUAUUGGUGACAGUAGAAAGCCUGCAAGUUGGUGUGAUGGAGUUCAUACUUCUUGUUUUGUAUUUUUCCUUUUUUAUCUGCCUCUGUGUUUUGGUGUGCCUGUAUUUUUCUGGCUGCCAAGAAAUGACAUAUAAGCAUGAAGGUAAGAAGUUGCUGAUUUAGCUCACCAGGAAAUUAAUCUUGGGUCAUUGUUAUCAUGUGCGAUUAAGUAUUUGGAAAUAAGAUAUUUAAAUGUAAAGUGAAACUACUUUAGCAACAGAGAAAUCAGGUUAUUUAUAUGUAAAUAUAUCUAAUCCAAACC